AUGCCUCCUUCUCAGUCAAUGAUACGAGCGCUACCUUCUGAUGUGAUUGCAAAGGUCAAAUCAUCCACAUCUAUUGUGCAUCUGACUGGUGUCAUUCUGGAGCUAGUCAAGAAUUCUUUGGAUGCUAAUGCACGUACCGUCUUCGUCACUGUCGAUUUUAAACGUGGUGGCUGUAUUGUUGAAGAUGAUGGCAAUGGAAUUCCUCCAGCCGAGUUCGAAGAUACAGGAGGUCUAGGCAAGCCUCACCAUACAUCCAAAUUCAACCUGAGUGGCUUGUAUGGCCAUCGGGGCUUGUUUUUGGCUUCCCUGGCCUCAUUGUCUCUACUCACUGUAACUUCUCGUCACAUUGGCCAUGGAUGCACAAACUCGAUCAUACUUCAUCAUUCGACGCCUGUGGCUCGGCUAACCCCUGCACCUUCACAUCAUGCGCUUCGCUCUGUCGACCAUGGCACAUCUGUGACUGUCAACGACCUUUUUGGAAAUAUGCCAGUUCGCGUCAAGAGUCGAGCUCUCACUCUUCAGCGACCGGACGAGCUAGAACGAGAGUGGGACCAUCUCAGGAACUCAUUGGUGUCUCUCCUUCUAGCCAAUCAUCAGUUCUCAAAAUUAGUCUUGAUCGAUGUGGAAAGAAAUAAACGGAUGUCCGUUCGUCUUGGAAAUCCCUCGGUGCCCGAAGCACGCAUUUCUCAUGAUCAGAGGGAUUUAGAUCUUAAACGUAUCGGGAUUGUUCUCACACAAUCUGGGCUGAUCACACCACAAAACUUCGAUUCCUGGCAUGAGAUCUCAGCAUCAGUUUCUGAUCUCAUGGUUCGGGGAGCUAUAUCUCUCCAGCCCAGCCCAAGUCGGAAGUGUCAGUUCAUCUCUUUGGGAAAAGAACCCCUGCUAUCGCGCAAUAGCUCGAACGUGCUUUAUAACGAAGUGAACCGGCUAUUUUCUUCGUCAGAUUUCAGUAAUGUCGGAGCCAUGUCUAACAGAAGCUCUGUUCCACAUCUUACAUCUUCGGUGAAUCAGCUUGAUGCCCCAAGUAACGCAAGCACUCGAAGCUGGGCAAAGCCUGUCAAUAAGUGGCCAAUGUUCUACAUUCGCAUUGACACAAACGCUGUCAUACGGUUGGAUGAUGAUGAUGCAUCUGAGCAUCUUCCAGAAUCGUCCAAAUCAGUUCAACGUAUAGUUGAUGUGCUUGGGGCCAUGGUCCAUGAGUUUUUGAAGCAACACGAUCUCCGCCCUCGUAAUGGCAGAAAGCAGACUAUGUCAUCAGACCAAAACCAGAGUAUCUGUUCCAAAGCCUCCCAACCAGCUGGCGGUUCUACUGCCCCCCCUACGACAUGCGGUCACUUGAAAAUUCCCUCAUUUCCAAGAGCCCAGUCUCUGAACUCUGGUCAAUCCUUCAACAACUGGUCCAGAGUGAAAACCGCUAAGGACCUCAAAAGACGUUCUCCAGCCCAACGAACGUCUCGGCUUUCUCAUGCGACUCCUGAUAUAAUUCAGGGCAAUAGCUCCUUGCCGAUUCUCUCUAAACAUAAGCCAAACCUUCGAGACGAUGGCCAGGAGUGCACCAUCCUUCCAAAGCCCCCGGGUGAAAGGGUGUGUAGUGAGGACAAGCAGGAUCCGCCUGGAGACUCACCGUCAGACAAGAUGAUCACCUGGAUCGAUCCACACACCAAGUUGGCCUAUAUAAUCAAUCCUCGAACGGGCCAAACAAUGAACUCCCGGAAGUCAUUAGCUACCCAGCGUUCCCCCACUGACUGCGUCGAACCCUCGUCCAAGAAGCCCGUGCAAACGUUUUGGAUAGAUAACAUGUUGGGGGCAUGGGACAACCCUUCCUUCAGCCGAACAGAAAUGCCAAUACCAAAUCUAGGCGCAGAGGCCGCCGAUCAGCAGAAUACAGCUACUUCUUCACACGACUGCUUCAAAGGCAUUGGAUCGCUUGGUACAGCGCAAGUUGCCAAAUAUCGAGGAAAACUCCAACGUCGUGCGCUCGAGACUGCCGACGUGAUCGCCCAGGUGGACAGAAAGUUCAUCUUGGCUAAGGUCCGUACGGCCCCCGCCAUUCGCAAUUUGGAGGGGCCAUCAAACGAUGUUCUGCUUUUAAUCGAUCAGCACGCGGCCGAUGAGCGAUGUCGAAUUGAGCAGUUGUUCAGGGAAAUGUUUGUCUCUACUGGGCUUGGUGAGAAUUGGGAGUUGGGUGCUCGAGUGCGAACUGUCCAAGUUGGUUCUUUGGCAUUUGAGGUUUCAUCGACGGAGGGUGAUCUCUUCCAAAAGUAUACGAGUCUCUUCUCAACCUGGGGUAUUGAGUAUGUGACACAAGGCAAGACCAACUCUACUGCCUUGAUCACCGUCCAUACUCUUCCUGCCCUAAUAGCCGAACGCUGUAGGCUCGAGCCUCAUGUGUUGAUUGACUUGAUGAGGCGUGAGAUUUGGUCAAGUGAGGAAGAUGGAAAUAAGCCAUUCCAGUCGAAGAGAACAUUCGAACAGGAUAUCGAACUAUCAGACAGUGACGAUGUGGUACACCAGAGAUCCGCCUCGCGCUCAUGGGUUCAACGGAUGAAUGGGUGCCCUCAAGGCAUCGUGGACCUUCUCAACUCCCGCGCCUGUCGCACUGCGAUCAUGUUCAAUGACCCGUUGAACAUCGAAGAGUGCCAGGCGUUGGUCUCCAGCCUGGCCCGUUGUGCCUUCCCGUUUCAAUGCGCCCACGCCCGCCCUUCAAUGGUCCCUAUACUUGAUUUACGAUCCCUCCCUGAGACUGCUGUUGCAUUGCCGCUAGACUUGGAUACCAGUGCAUCCGCUUAUGAUGAUAAUCACGACAUGACUUUGGAUUUCGUGGAGGCGUUUAGAACACGUUAUGUAACAUAG